AUGAGUCUCUCCGUAGACCUGCAGAUACCCAAUGGGCAUAGCUACGAGCAGCCGACCGGGCUGUUCAUCAAUAAUGAAUUCGUGCCCGCCACGGGAGCGACUAUCACCUCACUAGAUCCCGCCACCGACAAGCCAAUUGCUACAGUUCAUGCGGCGAGCGCGGAAGAUGUCGACAAGGCCGUCGAUGCAGCUAAAGCCGCCCUGGCGCAUCCCUCAUGGAAACUUCUGUCUGCCACCGAGCGGGGCCAGAUGAUGGCCCGCUUGGCUGAUCUGAUCGAGCAAAAUCGGGAGCUUCUGGCCUCCAUUGACGCAUGGGAUAACGGCAAGGCGUAUCAUGUCGCCUACGAGGAGGAUCUCCCCGAGGCUAUUGGCACCAUCCGCUACUACAGCGGCUGGGCCGACAAGACCUUCGGCCAGACCAUCAACACCACACCGCAAAAUCGCCCAGAUCAUCCCCUGGAACUACCCCUGUCCAUGGCAACAUGGAAGCUCGGCCCUGCGCUGGCAUGCGGGAACACCGUCGUGCUCAAGCCCGCAGAGCAGACGCCGCUGAGCGCCCUGGUCCUGGGCAAGCUCAUCGUGGAGGCUGGCUUCCCGCCCGGCGUCAUCAAUAUCGUGAACGGCUACGGUCGUGACGCCGGCGCCAGAUUGGCUUCCCACCCGCUGGUCGAUAAGGUCGCGUUCACCGGCUCCACCGGCACCGCCCGCGAGAUUAUGAAGAUGGCGGCUGGCACCUUGAAAAACAUCACCCUGGAGACGGGCGGCAAGUCACCUCUGCUCGUCUUCCCUGAUGCGGACUUGGACCAGGCGGUCAAGUGGUCCCAUUUCGGUAUCAUGUCGAACCAGGGUCAGAUAUGCACUGCGACCUCGCGUAUCUUUGUGCACAGGUCUAUUUUGUCUUCUUUCUUGGCCGAUUUCAAAAAGGCCGUGGAAGGUGUGACCAUUGGCGACCAGUGGGACGCGUCCACUUUCCAGGGUCCGCAGGUAACGCGUGCGCAAUAUGAGCGCGUGCUGGCCUAUGUGGAGACCGCCAGGAGUGAGGGUGCUACUAUUUUGACCGGGGGUGCGGCGCAUGUCCCUACGAAGGCAGAAAACCAGAAUGGGUACUUUGUGCAGCCGACGGUCAUUACUGAUGUUACAGAUUCCAUGCGUAUUGUCAAAGAAGAGGUUUUUGGUCCGGUGGUGGUGAUUCUGGCUUUCGAUGAUGAGGAUGAGGCUAUUCGCCGUGCUAACGAUACGACCUACGGUCUCGGUGCUGCUGUGUUUACGAGGGAUAUCGAGCGCGCGCAUCGGGUGGCGGCGGAAAUCGAGUCUGGUAUGGUUUGGGUCAAUAGCAGCCAAGACUGUGAUCCCCGGAUUCCAUUUGGCGGAGUCAAGCAGAGUGGUAUUGGGCGAGAGCUUGGUGAAGCUGGCUUGGAAGCGUACAGCCAAGUUAAGGCCGUUCAUGUUAACAUGGGCACCAAGUUGUAG